AUGUCGCUACCUUCAACGGCGACCAUAAGACAUCAACUCGUCGCUGCUCUCGGCCCUAAAGCCCCCAACUACUGGGGAGUUUUGCGACAGUACUUGGCCGCCCAAAUAUCGCGCAUCGAGUUCGAGGAACAGGUCAAGGAGCUACUGGAUACAACCCAUCUAUUACAGCUACACAACUCCUUGAUUGUCUCGCUAUUUGACACAUCCGCUCAUCUCGCGCCACCGACCCCUCCACCGGAUGUUCCCAAGCUACCACCGCGCAAACGGCGCCGCACGCUCCCGUAUCAAGGCUCUGACGUAAAUGAUGCAAUGACACUACGUUCAGCAAGAUUGAAGCGGUGGACUGUCGGACUGGCCCGACACGAACGCGAACGCGUGCGACAUCUGGAUUCGUACGCUGCGACGGUCGAGCCACGGCCACAACAAUACAAGGACGAAAUCGCCGCGGACCGUGGUGUGCUGCUCCUGCCUGAACGCGGAGAGCCACCAGGCAGCCGCCCGCCACUGCAUCUCGCAUCAGCGUCGCGAGGAUUUACUGUGCAGCAUAUAUCCGAUCGCAUUAACUUGAUAUGUGCGCAGCAUAAUCUUGGGUCGCCGCCGAAGGUUGUGUCUUCACUCAUGAUGCUAGCCUUUGAAGCCAAGCUCAAGCAGCUCAUUUCUCAAGCGCUCUCGCUCACAGCCACCUCCCACGCGAUCACCUCUAUUCGUCCUACAUCGCGCAAUAGUAAUAACUAUCUACUUUCCGCAUCCGCCUUCGAGACGCUCUUCACGGUUUCUCCUGCCAUCCUGCCUAACAAGUCGGCGGCUGCGAUGCGCAUGGCUCUAGGUGAAAACGACAUGCCCGAUUAUGAUCUCCCUCUCAAGGACAAGGACAUCCACGAUCAGCGGUGGCAACUGCUUGCGUUGCUGAGUGACCGGAGCGCUGUCAAGGAGGAAUUGCGGAAGUUGCGAUGA